AUGGUUGCGGGUGUACAGAGUGCGACAGAUACCGAGGCCGCAGUCUUUGGGACCACUUUACUACUACUAUGCGAGACCUUCUUCGAUAAGACCCGGCCUACCAACCAGGGAAUGGUGAAGCAAUGGCAGGCUGAAAGUGCCAUCGGCGACAUGUCGAAGGGUUUCGUCUUGGUCCACGAGACCCAGCAUAUGCUCAUUGCCACGGGUGCGGGAGAACGUGCGGAUGAUCUCAAGAACCCGUUCUUCGGAUUCCUUGAUGAUAGGUCUGAGGACUGCUACUCUGCCACAUGCUGCUCCCGCUUGUCAGCAGCAGAGAAGGUAAAGAAUGCGCAGAACUAUGCCAUCUUUGCACUUGAUUCGAUGGCGUUUCCCAACGCAGAAGAACAGCCCGCUUGCCCAGCAUCACCUGCAUCCUCUACUUUGGUGCGCCAGAAGCGCCAGGUACGAUUUGACAACUCGACAACUUCGUCGGCGCCACCCUCUUUGUCCCGUACUCCUUUGCCGCCCACCAUCAUCACUUCAACCAGCAAGCCUCCCUCGAGAGUUGCGACUCCGACACCUUCUCGUAGCGCGGAGCCCGAAGUUAUCACAGUAUCAGGCACUGUCGCAGUCGUCAUCCCCGCGGGAGCCGUCGCCUUUGGCGGACCCGGCGGUGGCCUUGCCUCGUUCGGAGGCGUCAUUGUCCCCGUUCCCGAAGGACAGACAGUCAGCGAUCCCUCGAAGGAUCCCCAGCAAUCAGGGCCCGAUGAGCCCACCAACACCCCCCGUCAAACCCAGUCCCCGACAACGAGCUCAAAGCCAGUCAGCAGUUCUGCACCCUGUAGUAAGCCUGCAGAGAAGACCUACAAGCCAGCUGUCGAGAACGUCUGCGAGGAUUGGUCCGGCAUGAAUCAGACAGCCUUCAAGCCUCUUAUUGCAGGCAUUCCUCUCGUAGAUUGGGAGGGUGCUCCUGUUGUUUCGACUACGUCUAUCUUGGAGACCGUGGAGGUGACGACUAUGCUGGUGACAAGCACCGCAGCCCCCGCGCCCUCGGCUACACCAUCAGCGGAGCCAAAGGUCGACCCUGUCGCUUGCUACAAUUUUGACAUCAACGCGUACGGAUACUGCUGCCCUGGUGAGGGUAACCCUUGCCAGAACGAUAUUGGAAAGUGUUACUUCAAUGGAGAGGGUGUUUCAGGCGGUGCGAGUGGUGUCGUGCCCGAUGGUGCGCGAUGCCCGCCUCCCCCGGGUGCCGAGUAUUGCAGAGGUGCUUGCGAGGAGUAG